AUUCCGAAUGUGGAAAUGGGUCGUUCGGGGUCUAGCGUCAUUCCGCGCUCGGAGUUAUGGAUUCUCCGGGAGGGGCUGAGAAGCCAAUCACAACUGAUCUCGAUUUGUAUGUACGCUCAACGCGUCUUCUGCAGAGGACACGAGCAUCGCGCGUCGAAGACUGCUAGAUCAAUCAACGAUAUAUCCCAUCCUGUCGCCACGGACAAAGGCCUAUUUCGCAUUCUUUAUCGAUCUUACCACACAUAAAGCUUCUUGCUUUUCGACAGUCUCGAGAUAUAAUGGAGCAGAACGAAGAAGUCAAUCUUGAAGAGCGCUUGAAAUCUGCUCUCUGGUUAUCGAUUGGAAAGAUCGUGGAUGAAGAGACCAUCAAGCUUGGUGUCAACGCCACCCCUCAGUUCAUCGGAGCUUUGACUGAAAUGGUCUGGGCCCAAAUCGAGACGGUCAGCCAGGAUCUGGAGUCAUUUGCUAAGCAUGCCGGGCGCUCAACAGUCAAUGUCGCAGAUGUGAUGCUACUUGCACGCCGUAACGAAGGACUGGAGUCUAUUUUGCGAGCAUUUGUUGAGCAACAGCGUGAAGAAGAAGCUUAACUGGUCGGGAUGAAUCCCCGCGUUCGAGCCUUACGCAGGUUCACGCAGCUUUGCGACUAAAGUGUGGCAGCGGGAGCAGAUAAGGCGGCUGCCCAUCGCUACCAUUCAAAAUUGCCGCUACCUUUAUUCUAGAAGCCUGCGCUCAGUGCUGCUGAUCUCUUUAGACUGUCAAGUGCUGGACACUAAUAAUAAAACGACCUGGUUGCCCCAUUUCGUGUGACAGCUGCGGGACUGGAUAUUACUCAGUGUCAUGUGUCGGAAUGCCGGAUAUAUGACGCCACUGCCUAGCACCCCACAAAGUGAAGAAUCGAGCUUCACUCCCCAGACGCCAUUUCAAGCCACCCCCUUCUGAUUCUUGGCCGCUUGCAGUUGAGCCACUUCUCAGCAAAUACUUGAACCUGAAUUAGCGCCACUCAGUU